ACGCUAUUUGUGGUGUUUUCUCUUGGAUUCGAGUCUUGAUUCAUUCAGAUUGUUAGCUGGUUGUUCAGUGCUUUUCAUGAUUUUGUGAGCUAGGGUUUUGAAUUGUUUCAGACUUACACAAUUUGUUUUGCUAAUUUGAUUUUUUUUUUCAUUUUUUCAUAUAUCUUCUGGAAUGCUCAAAUUUGAUGUUUUUUGUUACAGUACUUGCUGGACUUGCCUUCAUGUUUUCAUCCAGUAUCCUCCUACAGAUUCUGGCGUGUGCGAUAUAUAGUAACUGGUGGCCAAUGCUGUCAGCACUCAUGUAUGUGGUUGUGCCUAUGCCAUGCAUGUUCUUUGGAGGAGGCUCAACCCAAUUCCUAAUUAGUCGAGAUGGUGGAGGGUGGAUAGAUGCAGCGAAGUUCUUGACAGGAGCAUCAACAGUGGGCAGCCUGGCGAUUCCGAUCAUAUUAAGGCAUGCUGGAAUGAUCGAGACGGGUGCGAUGCUGAUAGAGUUCACAUCCUUCUUCAUAUUCAUAUGCACCGUCAUGUGUUUUCACAGGGCUAGCCUGGAUGAUGAUGAUUGGUAACAGAUAACUUUGUGUUGUUUGUGAUUUUUACUAAUUGGAUUCGCAUUGGAGAAAGAGAGGGAGAGGAGAGAGUUGAAGUGUGAAGAAGAUGAGGUUAUUUAUGAAAGUUGUGUUCUUUCUCUCCUCCUUCCUUUGUAAAGCUUUGUAUCAACCAGUGUCUGUGUAAAAGAAAGUUUUGUUCAUCAUUAGUGAAUGUGAUGUUGUGUCUUA